GCACACAUUACAUUCACAUUCUUAAAAUUAAAUAUCUAUAUUGUUGCAUGUUAUAAACUAUGAUUCCUUUCCCUUCUCAACUCUCACCACCUUUUGUUUGUUGUUUACAAGUUUUGAACUCAGCCAAAGAGAAAGUCAUUCAUCAAACAACUAUCAUGAAGGCUCAUUCUAACUUGCAUAAGAGAAAGUCUACUUUGACUGCUGAUGGGAAUCAUGCUGCUUUUAAGAAGACAUCAAGAAAGGGAAGCUAUGUGGAGACUCUUGACAGAAAGGCAGAAGAUAUCUUUACUAGAGAAGAAAAAUAUAGCGAGGAUGGAAAUUACAAUGAAACCGGUGAUGACAACAAUGAAGAAAAAUCUGAAGGAGAUGAUGAUGUGAUUGAAGAUCAACAAGAGGAAGGAGAGUACUUACUAGGAGAUGACGGUCCUACUGCAGUUGCAGAAGAUGGAAUUCACAAAGGUCUGUUCACGAAAGACGCAGAUGAAGAUAAUAAAACUUCGACUCGACAUUUCAGCCAUGGAUGUCAUUUAGUUGAAGGAAAGAUGAACCAUGGAAUGGAGGACUAUGUUUUUGCUCAACACAGGAAGCUCAAUGGAUAUGAUUUAGGACUGUAUGCAAUAUUUGAUGGACACGCUGGUCCUGAUGUUGCAAAAUAUUUGCAAAACCAUCUAUUCCAAAAUAUAUUGAGUGAGCCUGAUUUCUGGGAGAAUCCAGUGCAUGCUGUUAAGAAAGCAUGUAAAGCUACAGACAACGAGAUUUUAGAAAACAUAGCCGAUUGGCGUGGAGGAUCAACAGCUGUGGUAGCAAUACUAAUUAAUGGAGUAAAGCUACUAGUUAUAAAUGUUGGCGAUUCUCGAGCAAUAUCAUGUAAAAAUGGUCUUGCAAAACAACUUACUGUGGAUCACGAACCGGAAAAGGAAAAAGAUCUGGUUGAGAGCAGAGGAGGUUGUGUUUUUAAGAGACCUGGGGAUGUUCCAAGAGUGGAUGGCCAGUUAGCAAUGACAAGAGCAUUUGGAGAUGGAAAACUGAAGGAGCACAUCACUGCAGAACCAGACGUGAUGAUCAAGAAAAUUGACGAGGACACUGAAUUCAUCAUUUUUGCAAGUGAUGGUCUAUGGAAGGUGAUGACGAAUCAAGAGGCUUGUGACUGUAUCAAGGAUGUUGAUGAUGCUCAAAAAGCAGCUACAAAGUUAGUCAAAGAAGCCAAAUCUCUUGGAAGCUGUGACGAUAUUUCAUGCAUAGUUGUUAUGUUCUAGCUUACAUGUUCCUGCAUUUUAUGCGUAUUUGUCUUGUUUUCUGUAAAAUGUUUCAAAUUUCUUUAACUCAAGCAAAUGUCUCUUUAAAAUAUUUUCAUGGGUCAUGUACGUAUAUCUUACAGCCACUAUGUGUUGAACUUCAUUUAUAGCAAUUAUCUUAUCUUUCAA